GCCAAUUUUGCAGUAUGCUAUUUUCCCUGCGCAGUUUGCGUUCUUGUAUUCGUACUACCCAUCUGGAAGGUAAAUUUCUACAUUUUGGUUUGCAAUGUUUUCCAGUGACUUGUCCCAUAAAUUUGGCAGCUUGAAAUUGUCCUCUUACCGUCUUUUUUAUCUAUUCACAACUUGUGCAAUUUUUCAACUUCGUGUUUUAGACUGGACGAUGUCGCCGAAAAACUAAGCGAUGAGUGGAAGUCUAGACAUUUUGAAGCGAGCGAAGAAGCAUUCAAGAAAGCCGAGGAAGGUUUUGUAAGGGAGUCGGGACCAUCGUUCUUCCAAAAAGCUGAGGUCGAAGAAUCAAAACCAUUGGUCGCUGGCUUGAAGAGCAAGUUCAGUAUCUUUUAAAUUGCAGCCCUAGAUCUUUGAUAUUUCAUUAAUUACUAAAGAUAUUUUCCCAAUGGCAACAUGAGAGUUUAGUGCUCGGGUUAAACACAGAUUUUGCGUUCAGCAUUUGCUGGUAUGGUGCAAACCUACCGUAUCAGUGCAAUCAUGACCUCUUUCUCAUUUAUGGACCCAAAAACCAAAAAUCCUGUUGCAUACUUAGUACUCUAUCUUAUUUUGUGUAUGUAUCAUAGGUAUGAUAAUGCCGUGAAAUUUACGUAAAAUACCUCCACCAUCCAUCACGCAAGCUGUCUGCAAAAUACAUUCUAUCAUUCUGUAUCGUAUUAUUGUACUCGUACCGCACAACGGGACGACGAUCACACAUCGCACGCUAAACCUUAAAUCCUUGAUCAAAUACUGUAAUAAUCAUGCAAGUAAGAAAUAACAGUAUCAAAUCACAAGGAAGGGAUAACUAGCAUAGACGAAUACCAUCAGACAUACCCUUCCCCUCCACCAAGGUCAGCAUCCCAAAAGCCAGAAUGGAAAUAGAGAUAAAUUUCCGUUUCGAUGACAACGGAAGAACAGCAAACACAAAGGGCGAUACCGGGGCGGACGGUGACAACAGAAACGUGAAUGAAAUCGAUUACGAUUUCCGAGCCCAGAUGACGAACCUGGGGGGGUUGUCGGACUCGGAGGCAAUGGACGAUAUUUUGUUGGAUUGUGAAAUCAGCGACAACAUGAUCAUGCCGCGUACGUACUGGAUGCCCGCCGACGGGACCAAGGCGCGCUGCACCCUCGAGCAACUGGCCCUCGACGUCUUUCACAAACACGUCCCGGCGAAAGGCUUCGAUUACGACCCCGAAACCAGCGGAGCCGAGUGGUGGUGCCAGCUCCGACCGUCCCCCGAGAUGGGGCGGCACAAUGCCGUUCGGUGCUCCGACGAAGAGGCUGCCGGCGAUGGUGAUUGCUCCGAAGAUCCGUUUGCCAACGGGAUUUCCUUUCACGUCGACAAGGACGAAGAACUGCGGAUUCUGACGGGGGGCUCCACGUACGUCCACCCACAUAUAUCUACGAUAACCUAUCUGACCGAUUUGGGCAGCCCCACGCUGAUCAUGGAUUGUCUGGUGCACCCGCUGACGGGGGAGUGGAUCGUUCCAAGCGAAUCGGUCAACGGAUUCGUCUCCUGGCCAUCGGUCGGCAAGCACACAUCGUUCGACGGCAGAUACCUCCAUGCAUCGCCACCCGAUCUCAUGGGCGAAAAGGAUGCCUUCCAGAAGCAAUUGGAAUUCGUGCCCAGCAGCGACGAAGCAACCCUGAAAAAGCAAAGACGGCGGCACCGCCGGGUGACGUUCUUGGUCAACGUCUGGUAAGUGUGUUUUUUCUUCUCGUGUUCCAAUCUCCCUAGCAAUUUUCGCGUCCGCUGAUUCUCGUUGUCCGUCCAUGCGGUUCUUCACAAAAGGCUGAACUACAAACCAUACAACGUACACAAAUUUCCGGAGUCGAUGAUCGACAAAAUGAGUGGUUGCGACGAAACCAAACGGGUCGGUUUGGAGUUCUCGUCGGCAAACCAAUCCUCUGCGGCGCUGCACGUGCAAAAGACAUCGGUCCGAUCGAACCGAGCCACCGAGACACUCUCGGGGACCGGGGAAAGCGAGCCCUCUUCCGAAAGCGUGCACACCACCACACCCUUUUCGUGGCCGCUGGGGGACAAGCGUUCGAACGAAGAGCUGCGGUGCCGGGUACCGAUGGAUUCGAUCGGAAAGGCCUCCAAGGAAAGGUCAAACGUCCGAAUCGAGUGGCAAACGGGUGCGGAGGGGUCCCCGGGGACCGCAAGGUGCUUUUGUCUCUGCACCGGGGAUUCCGAUGGAGCCGUGCCGCCCAGCAAACCCGGAGCAACCGGGGCGGAAGGACGCAAGGCCGCCGAAUCGUCCACGCCCGCCGAACCAGGCGAAAGCACGACAGCCCCAGAGGAUCCGACCCGCAAGAAGCGCCCCCGCGACGAUUGAUCGAUUCGAUCCGCUUCUAGAUUUUAU